GCGGUGUCCAUCUUAUUUACACCGGUGUGAUUGCAACAUUUUUUAGAUCUGUUGGAUUUUUGAAGGACUAUAAAAGUUGAAAGCCGGGUCUUCAGAGAUGAGCAGUUCAGAAGAAGUGUCAUGGAUCUCCUGGUUCUGUGGACUGAGGGGGAAUGAGUUCUUCUGUGAAGUGGAUGAAGACUACAUCCAGGACAAGUUUAAUCUGACGGGGCUCAAUGAGCAGGUUCCCCACUACCGCCAGGCCCUCGACAUGAUCCUGGACCUCGAACCAGACGAGGAGCUGGAGGACAAUCCCAACCAGAGUGACCUGAUCGAGCAGGCAGCGGAGAUGCUGUACGGCCUCAUCCACGCACGUUACAUCCUCACUAAUAGAGGCAUCGCACAGAUGUUGGAGAAGUAUCAACAGGGAGAUUUUGGCUAUUGCCCCCGAGUCUAUUGUGAGAAUCAGCCGAUGCUUCCUAUCGGUCUGUCAGACAUCCCAGGGGAGGCCAUGGUGAAGCUGUACUGUCCUAAAUGUAUGGACGUCUACACACCCAAGUCCUCCAGGCACCACCACACAGAUGGAGCCUACUUUGGCACUGGCUUCCCCCACAUGCUCUUCAUGGUUCACCCUGAGUACAGGCCUAAGAGGCCCGCCAAUCAGUUUGUCCCAAGGCUGUACGGGUUCAAGAUCCACCCCAUGGCCUACCAGCUGCAGCUGCAAGCCGCCUCCAGCUUCAAGAGCCCUGUCAAGGCCAUCCGCUAGAGCAUCCUGGGCAGAGGAGGAGGAGAAAGAUUAGUAGAGAAAGAGUGGAGACAGGAGAGAAUUAUCAUCAGAUGGGGAGGGGGGUCACCCGCAUUUUACACAGCUUUUCAGGUGGCCCCUCCCCACCCCGAAGACUGUAUUUUGAUUUAGACACGGGCAAAUGAGAAGUCGAGAUUUUUGAGUGUGAGCGAGAGAAGAACGUACAGCCAUGAUCUAAAUCACAAGUAAACACACACACACACACACACACACACACGCUCAUACAUACAGGAAACACAUAGCUGCAUCCACACACGUGGGAUUCCAUGCACAUAAAUUACCAAACUCAUCAGUGCCAAAAACAGGAGGGUGAGGUAAGAGGAAGCUGCAGGGGCUUCACGCUACUGCUGCUGCUCACGCUGCUGUCAUAAUCGGUGGGCGGCGCGACGGGGAACUUUUCCCCGUAGAGAAGGUUUUUAUGUUCCGGGCUGUUUGCCGUCAAGCAUUUAGUGUGUUCUGUCUUUGGCACAGUUUGGUAACGGGUGGUGGUAACCCCUCUAUUGUUUGAAGCCUCCUAUACCCAUUAGCCCCCCCCCCCCCCCCCCAAAUGCUCGUAUGCUCAGGCUGGCACUCGCAGAGACAGUUUGGACCGAAGGCGUUUUUUUUCUGCAUCGCCUUAAGAUUUCAUAAAAACGCACCCAGAUUGUUUUUUUGGUAUUUUAAGAAGGCUCAUGCAACGGUAGUUCCUUUUGUUCUUUUUCCUGUUGAGAAGCGGUACGGUAAAAUAGCUCAAACUAACACAUAUUAUUUGAGUCGUUCAGACAACUGUACUCGGCCUGCGUCAUUUCUCCAGCUGUCUGUGCGUGCGUCAAACAUCUGUCUGUAUUGGUACCCGAGUGAAAAUAUAACCUGUGCUACAUUUUUCUGAGACGUGUCCCCUCCUGCAGCAGCAGGCGUAGCUGCGUUUGUAUUGUCAACCCACCCCGCCCCUAGCUUCAUCCUCCGACAAUAAAUAGUUGGACAUUUUGGGAAAUACUUGUAUAUGCUUUCUGGUGGAGAGAAGAUGCACCUCUACAAUAAUGUGAAUGAUCGCGCUAACGGGCGGUUGGCUUCGGCCAAUCAGUAAGGGGGGAAACGGGUAGCCUGGCCAGCGAUAAAUACAGCGAUGCAUCCUCCUACCGACACAUGUAAAGCUCGCUAAUUGAAGGUUAGAUCCUCUUGGUUAAUCUGCAUAAUGCGUUCAGCGGGGGAGAACUGCUUUGUCAUAGCAUUGCACCUUGAAACCUCAACCCUCUUGCAUAUGUUCACUUUGAGAGGAUUUCUUGCUCGCAUACUGCAAAAUGCAACCAGAUGCAUCAUUGUUUUUUUUUUGCCACACAAUCUUUUUUCUGGCAUACUAGACAAUAGAGAGGGAUUGAACCGCACAGCCAGUGUGAGUCCAGAAAGUUACUGGUCCCUGCCUGGACUGGUUUUUACAGCGUACGUCUGCAUUAAACUAGCGAGGACUUCACGGUUGAGCUUCAGAUGUGUCGGUAGGCAGAUUUUGACGAGCGUCGGGCUGAGCCAGGGUGGCUGCGUACAGAUAAGAGCAUGUCUGUCUCCAAAAGCGAAUAUGUCCCGAAAUGUUCAACCACCCGUUACAAUUUUUUUAGCAAAGAAUCGAGGAGGUAACCCAGUGAAAGAGGAAUUUCGACAAUCUGAAUCCUUCAGCUCACUCCACCACUGCACUGAUCCCAUUGGUGUCUCUCUACAGCACAGUCUCAUUAUUUAUGUUCAGGUUUAGAGACAGACCGACCACCAGCCGCUUACUUUUUUGUUUUGUUUCUGAAGCCGUGGGACAGAUACUCAGCUGUCCUUCCCUCACUCCCUCCCCUCUUUAUGUUUGUGUGACUGGAAUAGAUUGUCUUUUGGAUUUCAUGAUGCAAGAGAAACGGUAUUUAUGUGUCCAUAUUUUAACUAAUGUUUGUGUUGUCUUUCUGCUACUGUGGAAGGGUGAGCAGGAUUCAGACUUCUCAAUAAACUUCUAUUUUCUUUUCAUA